UGACUUUCGUGAAGGCCAACGACGGCGACAACUUGUCAGCGUAGUGUGAUGGACGUUAAGUUGGACAGAGACCAUCCGGAUUCUGAGGAGCAGCGUGCAGCAAAGGUCACUUAGUUUAGGGCGCCGAAUGCAGAGGUCACCCAGAUUGGCACUCGUAUAAGACGGAUCUACUUCAAUUUACAUCACCACAGUCAAGCGAAGGUAGGUCCACCUCGAUUUCCGCAGGAAAACAAAGAAGAGAAGACGUCAGUUCUCGUCAAUCGAGUGCUGGUCUUUGCUGCCUCCUGCGUGCGUCUGAGUUUCGAAAGUCUUUUCGUUGCGCUUUCUGGAAAUUCCUUCUUCCACGGAGAUUGCAGGGGAACUAUGACAAGUGGAAAAAACACACCUCUUUUCGUCCGCGUUCUUCGCCUUUUUUUGCCACUCUCCCACAAAAGACAAGACGCCAGAAGUGCCAGGUGACUGCGAGGCAGGCGAAGCAGUGAGGAAAAAAGGACGAGGAGCGGCAGAAUCGAGGAGGCCGAGAGACCGCGACAAAAACGGAGACACGACAUACGCAGAAGAGGCAGGACAGGGAACAGAACUCCUGGACGAUAAACCGGGGCAGAGGCAAGGCAGGACAAAGCAGACCGAGAGGGAAAACAUGCUCGAGAUGUCAACAAGCGUGCAACGGCGACUGGAGAGCAACUGAAGGUAGAGUCCCUGUUACACACAGUGUCAACUGCGAUACGGCAUCCUCGAGUCGAAUUCUCGUUUUAUUUUGCCAGGCAUUAACAACGGGAAAAACAGGCAGAGAAAAUACGCCGCGAGGACGCACGAGGAAGACCAGCGGGCAGCGAGACUUCUCCUCGGCGAGUUGAAGAAAGGGAGGAGAUUUGGGCGCAGACCAAUCUGCACUUGUUUCUCAUCACAACCUCCCGAAGUUGUGCCGGCACUCUCGGGCCCCUCACGCUCGCGAGACGCUUUUGCUCGUUUCUCCCCUCUUCAAAUUGCACCCUUUUCCACUCUGCACCAUUGACUUUUCGCUUGAACGCGUGCGGAACGCAAGCAGAAAAAGAAAACAACGUGGGCGUCCAGAUUGUGGUCUGCCAUUUCCAGUCUAGCAGUGGCGACCCCGUGAGUCUCGUGCAAGGAGUCUCCCCCCGCCAGGACGGUGCAGAGAGAGAGCUGCUUCGGAUUCAGGAAGUGUGUACGCUUUUCAUUGGCUGCAAUUUUCUUUCUUUGAACAAGUAAAAACGUUUGUGGUCCACUUCACUGGAGAAGAGAGCGCGCCGACCUUUAGGACCUUCUCGUCGACUGCUUGUCCGUGACAUGCGCUCGGUUGCACGACUUCUCUGGGCCUCGAGGCAGCAGCUCGCCAUCUCCGGGUCUGCAAGAACAGACAAGAACACAGAGAAAUUUCCGCCGGUGCACGUUCUGUCUUCAAUUCCCCUUUUUUCUUUCAUUCCACUUUUCCCGGUGUCUCUGCUCCUUUCCAUCCACUGGAUGUCCUGCUCUCGACUUCGCCCGCCACCAGUGUGCGACUGCAGAGUGGCAGAUGUCUCAACCUUCUUUCAGAGACUUUGAAGCCUUGUUGCAUUUUUGGGCGCUGGAGUUCAACGGAACAAAGUGAGAGCCUUGAAAUCCGUUUCAAGUCAUCGCCUCUAGUGGACUGAAGCGGCGGUUUCUUUCAAGCUCGAAAGGGCAGUUGGAGUCUCUCCCGAGCGCCCUACUCGCCUCCUGUGUCCCCUCGCCGCACUAGCCGCGGUGCCACUACGUCCAGGGCGCUGCGCCUGUCCCCCGUGUGUGUGCUUCCGCGGUCGCGGUUGGGACCCGUGAGGCUCCAAAAGGUACUAGGGAAACUCCCCGCUUUUUAGCGUCUUUCUCGCCACAGCUGUCUCCUGCGCUGCUCGCUGCUGGCGCCCGAUCCAUCGCUGAGUUUUCAGCCGCGCUCGAAAGAAACCGAGCAGUGUUUUGUUCCGCCUUCCUCUCCGCGGAGCCUCUUGUCGAGUUCAGGCUUCGGGUGCGCCUUCACUGGAAGGAGAACAAGAAGACUGACGAACCACGAAGGAAGAAAAGAGAGAGAGCGAGCCCAGAGGCAGGAGCACGAAGGAAGAGAGAGGUGAAGGAGAAGGAGCAGAGCUUGCGGAGGUGAACUGGAAGAGCAGAGAGACUGGAAGACAAACCAGACGAGCGCUCGCGAUAGAAAGCUUGGUGGUCUCACGAAAGCGAGAGUCGGAAAUCGAGAUCGCGAGACAGAGGGAGAGAAAGAAAAAUCGCCGCAGAGAGAGGCAUCUACUUUCUUGCGUUCUUCUUACUGCUGUACUUCCGAAAAGUCUUUCUCGUCUUUCCCCGUCGUUUCAUUCCUCACCUUCGGGGGUGCCUGCGCUCUUCAUAGGAGCAAGUUGAACAGAGGCUGUCCUCGGCCCGACGCACCCUGUCCACUGGGAAUCAAGAUGGCAAAUGCGCUGGAGCCGACGGGAGGAAUUUCACCUGUAAACGCGCACAAAGCCGAAGAGUGCGUAGUGCAGAAAGAGUUUUCAUCUCUCCCUCGGAAGACUGGGGAGACUGACAAUUCAGCGGCCGAACCACCAUUGGCAACAACACUCGGCUGCGCUCUUCAGAGGUCUUCGACUUCUCCCCACUGUGGGCUUUCUGCUUCUUCUCCUUCCCCCGCUCUGCCCUCUUCUUCUCCUUCGUCACCUGCGACCUCCUCUCUCUCGUCAGUCUCAUCUGUCUCUUCGUCUUCUUCCCUCUUCGCCGACCCGGUUCCGCGCCGCCCUCGGACUUCUCCUCUGGAGUGUCCUGGCGCUCCUCCAGGCUCGCUCAAGUGCUCUGAAGCUUCGACCUCUUCUCCGAACUCUUCAAGGCCAGUGCGGAGGACUCGUGGAGCCUUGUCGGAAGCUGCUUCUCCGUCCUCGGCUGCGACUCUCUGCGCCGCUUCCUCCCACCUGACAGCGCCGGCGCGAGAGGCCCCUCCUCCUUCCCAGGCGUCUCUGCCUCUCUGCGCCGUCUCCCUUGCCUCGGAGAGGAGCCCCAGCGUCUCGCAGGCGCCCGAAGCGUCUGCAGAGGCGCCGUCGCCGUCGAUGCCCCCCUCGCGCCUUUCGUCUCCCUCGGUGUCCUCCGCUUCUCAGAACACAGCGGCGAAGAGACGCAGAAUCCAGCCAAGCCCCGAAUGCCCUUCUCUGAUUCCAAAAGAGGACCUCUCGCUCCCUCCUGCUUCCAUAUCUUCUUCUCUUCCACUUCCGCCGGCCGAAGAGGAGCCGCAGGCGCCGAAGCUUGCAAGCGCGAGCACUGGUGCUGACGAAGCGGGAGACGCGAAAGGUGCGAGACAGGCGAAGAAUGACGCGACUGGAAUGAACGCCCCAGCGGGUCGCGCCUCCGUUCUGCUGCCCUCUCCAGCCUCGUCGCCUCCUCUGUCUGCUGCUGUUCUCGCUCCCAAGGUCUCAAUUGUCUCCAGGUCUUCUCGCCACCAGUCCUGGAUCGGCACCUGCGCCGAGGAAAACGCUGGGGCUCUAAAAACGGAGACAGCGCCCGGGCCUGGAACGAGCGCUGAAACCGUCCCUCCGAUCGGUGGCCUCCUCGACGCGGCUACAGAGCGUCUCGCUCGCAGUCGCGCAGAGCAGAAAGACGAAAGAGACGGAGAGGCCCAAGGCCGCAAGAUGGUCGACGAAGAAACAACGCAGCACUUUCUCCUCCAGCUUCGAGAGCAGAUCCUCGGCGCCACCUCGGUCUCACGAAGUCCUUCGAGUCUCCCCACGGCUGCCUCUGAACCGUCGGCCCCGCAGGCCAGUGCUCCAGUGGAGGGCGCACUCGCCCAAGCAGUGGAGACACGCGGCGCAUGCGGCGAAGAAGCGAGGAAGCCUGAGGUCGAAGAGCCCCUCAGGCUGCAGGCGAGCCGGCGGAGCGCUGACGACGACGUCGCUGCUUCCCCACAAGAGCCACCCUUCCUGACUGUGGCGCAGCUGCUCCAGGAACUCGCCAAACGCCAGCACGAGGCCUCAGGGUCCACCUCACACCAGACCCGAGAGCCUUCGCGUCCGGUCUGUCUCCCGCCUCAGCUGCAGGCUCCAGCCGCGGAGAGCCGCGCGGCUCCUUUGCGUCUAGGAGCUGAAAUCUCUCAUGAGAGAGAACAUGCAGAAAGCGCGACAAGGAGCUCACCUGCGCUGCCCUCGAGAUCUCUCCUUCAGGCCUGCCCUGGGACCACAGGAGGUUCAAUCGGAGGCGUCGAAGGAGUGCCAGGUGCAGCGGGCGCCUCAGGGGCCAGUUUAGAGACUCCUGGGGCCUUCAGCAGACUCCCUCUGGAUGCAAAAAGCUCCGCAGCUGAGGGGGAAGCUCAAGCGCAGCCAUUAGCUCACCAGGGUCCUUUUCCAGCCCAACCAUGGCAUUCAGGCAAUCCAACAAGCGCAGCCAAAGCUCUCUCAACGGGAGGAGAGAGUUGGGCUUUGAGUCCGACUCUCGACAAUCUCCGGCUGAAUGUCAAGAGAGCGUCGACUGCAAUUCAUGGAACCGAGUACAGCGGCAGUGACAGAUUCUCGCGUCUGGUGCAGGGCGCACAGGGGAGCGGUACACAGCUGACCCUGGACACCGGAAGUGUCUCCACGGAGGAGACACUUCAGGAGAUCGAGAGAGAGGCGCGCCGCUCUUUGGUGCGCGAGCCUUUGAACAAAGCCACUGCUGCAGGACCGCCGCAGGCAAGUAUUCGUCCGGCCUCCACGUCGAGUCAGGGCUCCAAAGUCAGCGGCGCGGGAGGGGCGCACGCAGGCCGGAAAGGCGAAGGAGGCCGCGGUGGGAAGAAGGAAACCGGAGGCGAAGAAGGGGACAGAGGCCAGCAGAAGGGCCGAGGCUGUUGCAGGAAGGGACAUCGAGACGAAGGCGAGGGCGACAAGCGCGGGAGGGCCCCGGGCAGAGACAGCAAACGAGAGAGUUCGGAACGAAGCAGGCCGGGAGAAGGCGCCUGCAGUGCAAUGUCGCCUGGUCAGGCAAAUGCGGAGGGGGAAGAAUCGCGGCUGCAGGUUGGAGAAACGAAGAAGGAGAAGGCAUCGCGUCUGGCUUCAAGGCCAGGUGUCUCCGGGGCUCCAUACGCUUCCACGCGGCCUCGGGGAUCCUCGAAGACGCAGCCUAAGAAGGAACUUCACCACACGCCUGCCGCUGCUACUGACUCACUGCCUCCUCGCUGUUCUCGCGGGGCAGCGUCCGAUGGUCUUUCGACAAAGGCUGGGACCGACAAGCAAGACGCGGCCUGUGAGGUGUCUCCGCAAGCGUUUCCGUGCUGCCGCAGAAGGCUCUUCUGCCUGCAUGACAUCGUUGGGCUCUUCGCAGGCGGCGCGGGGGUUCCCAGUGAGAAGCUUCUCGGAGACGCGCCUCCUUUGUUUCCCCACACGGCGGUCAUGGCUGCGACGCUGAGCCAGCCGCGUAGUGCCCCUACCGCCUCGAGUGCUCUGCUCCACGCUUUGAGGAGUCUUGCUUCUCCUGUGGAGGCAAAGCCUGAGCGGCAAGGGUGCGAAGACGCGAAGAGACCUGGAGGAGUCCAGAUGGCGCAUGCGACGCAUCUGGUUCCUCGCGACUUUGUCGCUUUGAACGAACGCAGAAAGGGAGAGAUGCGGAGUCCGAAGCUCGUGGACCUGCUGCAUGCAGGACACUCCGGAGACGGCGAGGAGUCGGCGAGAGAGAAUAGAGCCGUGCGUCGUCCAAGUGAGGGGGAAAAGACGCGACGAACAGAGGCAGAACUAGAGGCGCAGAGGGACAAAUUCGAAGGGAAUGCACCCGAAGGCGAGACGAGAUGCGACUCCGACAGCGACGACUGGGAAGACGAGUUCUCAGUCGCUUGGUUAGAUUCGGACGACGAAGCAGAGCGGCCUCUUGAGACACUCCGGGCAGACGUCUGCGGUGGACUGAGAACCUUUUUCUAUUUUCUGCAUGAAGCCGUUGAAGCCCUGCGGCCGCAGCUCCUGCAAGCGUAUCGCGAUCACUUCGCUUUCCUCAGUUCGGCCACCAAAGUCUCUCACCUUCGCAACUACGAGGCGAUUCUCAGUCGGUUAAAGCGACGCAGUCCUUGCCGAUGGACGCGACUCAACAUUCAGAUGACCUUUGCGGAGUUGGAAGCGCUGAGAGAGCUGCACAGCCAUCGACAAUCUACAUGCAAAGCUCUGUUAGGGCAUGCAGCUCUGUCGACGCUGUUCUCUCCUCUGUCUUCUGGUCCAUUCCCGGGAGAGAGACCUGCUUGCGUCGACGCCUGCUUGCUCCCUUUUUCUGGUUUCUUCCCUUCUCCCUCCGCUCUCGCAGCGUGUACAUUCUCGCCUUUCUCUCUGUCCACGCCGGGCUCCUCUUCGAGUCCUGCGCCUCAGACGGCCGCCUCCGCUUCUCGCCUCGCCUCGUCUGCCUCUUCUGCCUCUGCUGCCUCCGCUGCAAAGACCUUUCUGGCCUCUCCAGCCUCUCGUCAACCGACCGGCGCCUCUGCUGGCGACUUGGCCGCAGGUGCUCCAGCGAAGGAUUUGGAGAAGCUCCAGGAGGCCGAGCGUCAAAGCAGUUUGGCGGCUCUCAGGAGCCUCGCCGCGACCCUCAAGGCCGCAGCCGCGGCGAGCCUGCAGGGCCUUGCACCCCGCGUCUCCGCCUCGGGGGCCACUGAUCCCGAUGCGGACGGAACCGUGGCGCCUCUCCCAGGCGAGAUGGCGCCCAAGAAGGAGAAGAAAGGACAGUUCAUCGCCCUCGCGUCGGCGCACGCACCCGCUACUCAGUCAGAGAAGGAGUGCAAGCCUGCUGUCAUGGGGAGUUAGGCCGACUCGUCAGCAGUCUCUUCGAUCCGCCAAGAGCAGGUGGAUGGUCCUUGGCGAACGAGACACCAGCAGGACGAACAUAUGCGAGACCUCAAACGAGGCCGCCUCGCACUGAGGAAGGCUUCAAACGUCACACUGGAUCCUUCUGACUGCGCAGUUACGACCGGCGAUAGAAACGCAGAUCAUCUACUGUGAAACCUCGUGUGACGGGAGAAGGAACGAGAAACGCAAGCCGCGGAGAGAGAGCCCUCUUCCUAGGGGUUGCCAGCGAGGCGUCUCUGGCGACAACCACAGAAAUCCUGGACUUCCCCCAAAAAACAAACAACAACAUACUCUGUUUCAACUCUCCUUGUCAACCGCAUGAAACAAACCGAAAGCUCAACGUCUAGAACCGUGAAGCCGUUAUCUUCCCAUCUCUCUGCAGACCUUAUAGAUGUACACCCAUGUUUGACAGAGUAGAAUAAAAACUUUCCAUUUUCAUAUAAUCCUACGUACGUAUAUGUUCCUUAAUGUUCCAUUGAAUAUUCGAAAGGCCUUUGUGGUUCAUACAUGUGUAAGUGUAUAUUUGUGUGUACGUUUCCACAGUUGCCGUGAAUGAUGAAUCAAGUCUUUCAUAUAUAGCAUGUUUCAAGACAAAUAUCCUUGUCUACGUCGUAAACAUGAGUGCUUUCGAUUCAUAUUCCCGGUACUUCGUUUUAGCGUUUUAUCGACUCUAUUUCCUGGUCAGUGUGCGUGUGUCUUUGUGCGUUUCCCCUCUGCGUGGUUUUUGCCGCUCGUUCACUUCUCCAGUCACGAUUUCUGCUGGACGCAUCCAAAAUUUCGCAAAGUCGAAGAGGAACACCGACGAUACUCUCACGUGGUUGUGUUUGAGGCCCCAUUAUUUUCUGUUUUUCCGGCUGAUGAAAAAAACGCGACCUCUGUGCCGGGUCAAGCUUUGUGCGCGUGCAGCUACAUUUCAC